AUAUGCAAGAACUGAGGAAAAAAGAUCAAAUACAGAAGUAUUAUAUAUAGCAAUACAUAAUAUUAAUAGUAAAGAUAUGAGAACUUAUAAUGCACCAAAAACAGAUGAAGUAGCUAUAAUAUAUGGUUAUAAAAGUGAUGAAGAGAAACCAAAUAAAAGAGAUAUUAUUAUUAAAAGAAAUAAUAAUAUAUUAAUAAGAAUAUCAGAAUUUCAUGAUGCUUAUGAUUCUUUACAAUAUCCAAUAUUAUUUCCAUUUGGAGAAUAUAUUGCUACAAAUAUUAUUAAAGAUUUUAAUUCAAAUUUAACUGCAGGUAUAACUAAAGAUCAAUUAAGCAAAUUUUGGCAACAAAGAAUUAAUAAUUAUAUACAAGAGGCUAAAGAAGAUAUUCAACAAGAAAAUAGUCAACAAAAAGAAAUUCAACAAAAAGAAAUUAUUGAAGUUGAUGACUUUUCAAAAACAAUGUCUAUUGAAUUUGACAAUUUAUUACAAAGAAGUUCAGGUUUAUCAGGUGUUUUUGAUAAUAUAGCUUUUAAAUCCUCUACAAGUAUGAGUAUUAGUGAACUUAGUGAAGAAAAAAUUAUAGAAGAAGAAAUUAAAUCUCAAACUGAAUUAGAAAAAGAUAAUAUUGAAUCUCAAACUGAAUCAGAAAAAGAUGAUAAUAAUAGUA